AGACGGGAAGCGUGCCGAUCCGUUGUAUUAAGUCACCAUUACAAUCGUAACAUAACGUCGGUUUCUCAAAGUUCAAGUUGCCUCUAUCAUUUGAAAGCAGGCCCUCUGGUGCCGAGGACAUUUUAAGAGUUAGUCAUGUGUAGAGGGCACAGGUGGGCGGGGUCUCUGCGUCGGAAUGUACCAUUCUUCCGCGGAGGCGCACCGCCGGCCAGGACUGUGUUGUGACAGCGGAGCUGCAGCCCCGGCGACAGGGUUAUAACGUCCAGCUAUUUUCACUCGGAUCCGCAAUGGCCUUCAGCAAAGGUUAUCGCAUUUACCACAAGCUUGACCCACCCCCCUACAGUGUCAUUGUGGAAACGAGGGCCAGAGAAGAAUGCCUCAUGUUUGAGUCGGGGGCUGUUGCCGUUCUGUCGGCAGCUGAAAAAGAAGCCAUCAGAAACACGUAUACAAAGAUCGUUGAUGCAUAUGGAAUCCUGGGAGUCCUCAGACUCAACCUUGGUGACUCCAUGCUCCACAGUCUGGUGGUGGUGACAGGUUGCAGUUCGGUGGGGAAAGUGCAGGAGUCUGAGGUAUUCAGAGUCACACAGACAGACUUCAUAUCGCUCAAUAAUGACCCAGCUGAUGAAGAGCGGAUUGCUGAAGUGAGAAAAGUCCUCAAUUCCGGACACUUUUACUUUGCCUGGUCCUCGUCUGGGAUCAGCAUGGACCUGAGUCUGAAUGCUCAUCGUAGGAUCCUGGAAGACACGACAGAUAACCGAUUCUUUUGGAACCAGUCUUUGCAUCUUCACCUCAAACACUACGGCGUGAACUGCGACGACUGGCUUCUCCGGCUGAUGUGUGGAGGCGUGGAGAUCAGAACAAUAUAUGCGGGUCACAAACAGGCCAAGGCCUGCAUUUUCUCUCGCCUCAGUUCUGAGCGUGCCGGCACACGGUUCAAUGUCCGAGGAACCAAUGACGACGGACAGGUUGCCAACUUUGUGGAAACAGAACAGGUGAUUUUUCUGGAUGACAAGGUGUCAUCCUUCAUUCAGAUCCGUGGGUCGAUCCCUCUUUUCUGGGAACAGCCAGGAAUCCAGCUCCCAGACAUCUUUGGUCAGGUCGGCUCUCAUCGGGUCAAACUCUCCAGGGGGUUUGAGGCAAAUGCCCCGGCGUUUGAAAGGCACUUCACUGCUCUGCGGAGGUUGUACGGCAAACAGGUGAUCAUCAACCUGCUCGGGAGCAAAGAGGGGGAGCACAUGCUGAGCAAGGCUUUUCAGAGUCACUUGAAGGCUUCGGAGCAUGCAGCAGCUGUAAAAAUGGUCAACUUUGAUUAUCACCAAAAUGUCAAGGGCGGUAAAGCCGACAAACUGCACAGCAUCCUCAAACCUCAGCUCAGCAAAUUCACAGAGGAGUGUGGAUUCUUCUCCUACACCGGAGAGAGUGGCAUCGCCAGGACUCAAGGAGGCACCAUUAGGACCAACUGUUUGGACUGUUUAGACAGAACCAAUAGUGUCCAGGCGUUCUUUGCACUUGAGAUGCUGCCAAAGCAGUUGGAGGAAAUGGGCCUGACUGAGAAGCCACAGCUUGUGGCCCGCUUCCAGGAGGUAUUCAGGACCAUGUGGUCUGCAAAUGGAGAUUCCGUCAGUAAGAUCUACGCCGGUACUGGCGCGCUUGAUGGCAAGGCCAAGGCGGGAAAGCUUAAAGACGGCGCUCGGUCUGUGACGAGGACGAUCCAAAACAACUUCUUCGACAGUUCUAAACAGGAAGCCAUUGAUAUUCUGCGUCUGGGCUCCACGCUGAACAGCGACCUGGCUGACAAAGCACGGGCUUUGCUCACCACCUCCAGUCUCUAUGUCACUGAGCCCGUCUUGCAGUCAGCCUCCCCGAGAGUCCUGCUUGGAAUGUGCCAGAACUUCCAUAAAUACACUCGGCCCAAACAGAUCCGAGUUUGUGUCGGCACCUGGAAUGUCAACGGAGGUAAACAGUUCCGGAGCAUUGCCUUCCGCAACCAGACUCUCAAUGAUUGGCUGCUGGACGCUCCAGUGAAGGCAGGGCUCCCUGAGUUCCAGGGCACUAAAGGCGGCCCAAUUGAUAUCUUUGCCAUUGGAUUUGAAGAAAUGGUGGAACUGAAUGCAGGAAAUAUCGUCAGUGCCAGCACUACAAACCAGAAACUGUGGGCCGCUGAGCUUCAGAAGAACAUUUCGCGCGACCACAAGUAUGUGCUGCUGGCUUCAGAGCAGCUGGUCGGCGUCUGUCUUUUCGUUUUCAUUCGUCCUCAGCACGCGCCCUUCAUCAGAGAUGUUGCAGUAGACACAGUCAAAACCGGAAUGGGCGGAGCUACUGGCAAUAAAGGUGGCGUGGCCAUUCGCCUUCUCUUCCAUACCACUAGCAUCUGCUUCGUGUGCUCCCACUUUGCCGCUGGCCAGUCACAAGUGAAGGAGCGGAAUGACGACUACAAUGAGAUCACCCGCAAACUCAGCUUUCCCAUGGGUCGUCUGUUGUACUCCCACGACUACGUGUUCUGGUGUGGAGACUUCAACUACCGGAUCAACCUGCCCAAUGAGGAAGUGAAAGAGCUGAUCAGGCAGCAGAACUGGGACGCCUUGACAGCCGGGGACCAGCUGGUGGAGCAGAAGAAUAACGGCUUGGUUUUCCGAGGCUUCGUGGAGGGAAAGUUGGAUUUCGCACCAACCUACAAGUAUGACCUCUUCUCAGAGGACUACGACACCAGCGAGAAGUGUCGCACACCGGCGUGGACUGACCGCAUUCUGUGGAAGAGGAGGAAGUGGAACUUUGAUAAAACAGCGGAAGAGAUGAAUGUUGUUGGAGCAGCCUCCAAAGCUGGCGAGUCUGAGGAAGAUCCAGACCAUGCAUGGAGCCCAGGAACUCUGAAGUAUUACGGCAGGGCAGAGCUCAAGACCUCGGACCACAGGCCUGUUGUGGCAGUCAUUGAUGUGGACAUCCUGGAGGUGGACCCAGAAGCCCGGCACCAGGUUUACAAGGACGUCAUCGCCUUGCAGGGGCCUCCAGACGGCACCGUGCUGGUGUCCCUCUGCUCCUCUGGUCCCGACGACUACUUUGAUGAUGCGCUUAUUGAUGAGCUGUUGGAUAAGUUUGCUAACUUUGGAGAAGUCAUCCUCAUUAGGUUUGUUGAGGAGAAGAUGUGGGUGACCUUCCUGGAGGGGUAUUCUGCGCUGGCUGCCUUGUCCCUCAGUGCUUCCACUGUUCUGGGCAAGGUGAUCGACAUCCGUCUGAAGAGUCCCGGCUGGAUUAAGAGUCUGGAGGAGGAGAUGAGUGUGGAGAGGAUCUGCGGGAGCAUCCCCACCUCCGCCAGCUCCACUCUGCUUGCUGAGGAUGCCGACAUGGGGGACGACGAUUACGAUAUGGAAGGCGAAGUGGACGAGGAGCUUGAAGAAAUCCUUCCUCAACACCUCCAGCCGGGCGCUGGAUCGGGGCCUGGAACCUCGCCCCUGCCCUCCCCCCGCAGCAGCCCCUGCCCCUCGCCGACCCACGGUGAGCCUGCAGCUCCCAGCAGGCCCAGUAGGUCCACUCCACCGGCCCGUCCCACCCAAGGUUUGCCUCUGGACCUCCAGCCAGGUGCCCCGACAUCAUCUCUGGGCCUUGAACCCAAACGCCCACCCCCCCCUCGUCCAAAUGCACCCCCGGCCAGACCUGCGCCCCCCCAGCGGCCACCACCCCCGUCAGGAGGAGGGAGCCCCAUGCCUGGGCGAAAGUUCUCUGGAGGAUCAAAGAGUCCUGCUCUGUCACGGCCUGAUUCUGCUGCGGGUCGUGGCUCUGGACCCCCGGGACCUGCAGGUGCCUCUCGCCCGAACAUCCCCCCCAGGGCUGGUGUCAUCAGCAUGCCUCCUCAGUCUCGCCCCACUCCUCCGUCUCAUCCUGGAGCACCCAGACCCGCCCCGGAGCUUCACCCCGGAGCGCCGCGCCCCGUCCCAGACUCUCACCCCGGAGCGCCGCGCCCCAUCCCGGCCAAGCCCGGUGACCCGCCACCCAUGGGAGCCGCCGUGAGGCCUCAGGCCCCGCCCUCCACGCAGCCGCUGCCGGCGCCGCUGCAGCCCACUCUGGCCGCUCCUCUCCAGCCUCAGCCGGCCCCCACGCCGGGGCUGUCCUCCCCCAAACCUCCGCCCCGCUCUCGCUCCUCUCACGCUCUGCCGCCUGAGGCUGCCAGGUCUGAGAGCGCCGCUCAGACCAACGGACUGAACGGAGUCAGAGAAGCACAACGGACGUUCCACCCCUCCCACCGCUCUGACUCCUCCUCUUCAUCGCUCCCCUGGAAAACCACUCAGUCCCUGACCAGAGGCUCCUCACUGAGGGCUCCGCCCCCUGUUCCGCUGACCCUCCCCUGCUCGGCGCCGGAGCCUUCCUCCUCCUCCUCCCGGGCCUCGGCGUCGUGCCUGCUCCCGCCUCCUCCGGCGCUGCCCAGGAGCCGCUCGCAGGAGGCGCUGCGAGCUUCUUCGCCCAGUCUCUUCCAGCUCCAGCCUCUUCCUGCUCGACCCAGCAGCACCAACCCCUUCCUCGGGCCGACGGCGGCGGCAGCGGCGCCGCAGCAGUCCAGGACAGACGUCCCCAGGAGCUUGGCUGCCUUCCCUCAGCCCCUGGUCCCCCUCCCUGCUGCGGCUCCGCCCCUCCAGCCUCAGCAGGCAGCCGCUCCUCUCAAGCCCUUCAGUCCUCCGCCUCUCUCUGUGCCCCAGCCCUGGGUCACCUUCGACGAUGACCUGGACUUCCUGCCCAGGACCCCGACACAAGUCCCUCAGAAUCCAGGUGCCCCGGAGCCAGACUGGCUGUGGUCCCUGGGAUCCCUCCCUCCCCCUGUCCCCAGCAGAACUGCUCCCAGUGAGGGCCAGCUUCCAGGAGGCGUCUCCCCCUGGGAUUCCACCGAGAGAUAGGAGGCGCUGCAGACGCGCAGACCUCCGUGUGUGUGUGUGUGUGUGUGUAACAGAGUAUUGAAGGUCGUGCUUCAACUCACUUCUGUGUUUGGCUCAGUUUUGCUGCCUGUGUCUGCAGCACAUCAGUGCAGCACCCCUCCGCACCUCUCACGCUCCCCCGGGGCUCUCGUCCUGCGAGGCUCACUUUCGCUUUCCCUCCCCCCAGGCUAUGCACUGAAGAGGACUGGACCCGUCACCAGUCUGUGACUGAGCAGUGAGUGAGUGAGUGAGUGAUGUGUUUGUGCCCCAUGUUCUGUCAGGAAUGUAUUUUCUGUUGCAACAUAUCCUGCUCUGUACGUCGUGUGCUCUGUAUCAAGCUCCUGGGGAGCAGUGGUGACGGCCGUGUGCGAGAGAGCGCGCGAGUACACCGUGUCCUUGAAGGUGAGGUGUGGUGCCUGAUGUGAGCGUGGACAGUUCCUUCCUGCAGGUCGUCUGUUCCUCUGUCUGGCAGGUCACAGUCACGUGACCUGACAGAUGACAAGUGCAAGUGUGUCUGUUGAAAGGAUUCCAAACAGGAGCCGUGUAUUCAGCCAUAGUGUGAAUUCUGUGUGUGAAACGGGACUGAAGUUUGAUGUUACACUGACCAUUCCAGCCGUGCAUGUGUGUGUGUGUGUGUGUGUGUGCGGGUUUAGCAGUGUUUCCAGUGCUGUUACUGUCGGAGGUGAAGAGGUCACAGAGGGAACGGGUCCCAGCCUGAGCUGAGAACCUUGGCUCCAUCACCUCCUCCGUGUGUGACGUGGCUACUGUAUCUGCAUCACUGUCAGUAGGUGACUAGCCAGCUGCGCUUGGUGUCAUGAAGACUGUGUGUGAGUGAGACUAUAGCCCUCGUAGUGAAUCAGUGUUCUCAAGUGAAGCAUCCAAGCGGUCCAUAGUUGAAGGGUGCACACUGGGCUGCCAGUGUGUCGGUGUUGUGUGUGUGCAAAAUAAACGUGUCCAAGGUGGACCUUUGUCUUGUGCUGUGGCUUCGGUGGAAGAACC